AUGAAUGUCAAGCCUCCAGAGUUCAAUAUUGGCGAUUCAUGGUCCCUAUACGAGGAACGGCUAAGGAGAUUCUUCGUGGCCUAUGGAGUCGAGGAGGAAGCAGACGAGCGCCGCUCGGCAUUUUUGCUCACAGCGGUGUCGAUGGAGGUUUACCAGACGAUUCGGAACCUGUGUUUUCCGGACAAGCCGGAAACAAAGCAGUUCGACGAACUUUGUUCGUUGAUGCGCCAACGAUUUACCCCAACGUUGGUGAUUUUCCACGAGCGGACGAGAUUCAUCGAAGCGCGUCAAGGCGACGGCGAAACGGUGAUAGAGUGGUCGACGCGUCUCAAGAAGUUGGCCGCUGACUGCGAAUUUGGGAACGACCUUCCGAUUUUUCUCAAAAACAUUUUUGUGGUGGGUCUGAAACGUGGCCCAGUAUAUGAACGAGUGUGCGAGGAGGAUCCUGACUCAAAUUUUGAAGCCCUGGUUAAGGUGGCGAUGAAAAAGGAGUCAACGUUGCGCCAGCGGGAGUCUUUGGAGGUUAACAAGUUCCAAUCAGACCAAGGAAACAAGCUGAAGAAACCGGCGAGCCCCAAUUUCCGUUGUUAUGCGUGCGGAAAGGGGGAUCAUAAUUUCCGAAAGUGCCAGUACAAGUCCUAUGUGUGUAAGGUGUGCGACAAGAAGAGGCAUCUAGCCAAAGUUUGCCCGAAUAGGAAAGAUGCAACGAAAGAGGACCGGAAACCGAAAGUUCACCAUUUGGCGCUGAACAAGAUGGAUGCGCCCCCUCCCGCCCCCCAUUUGGUCGAGUUUGAACUGGACACUGGGAGUCCGGUUAGUGCCAUCUCAAAUGCGCUGUACAGUCAAUAUUUCAAAUCAGUGCAUCUUGAGACUAGCGGAAAGGAGCAGUUCGUCUGUUACAAUGGGUCCUGUUUCCAAGCAACAGGAAAGUUCGAGGUGGAGAUGAAAUUCGAAGGCCACAAGUCCAGGGAGAAAAUUUUCGUCUUCGAGGGUGACCGGCAACCACUGCUAGGGCGUCAGACGAUGCAGCGUUGGGGACUGAGGAUCAACUUUUGCCAUUUGACGGAGAGCAUGAAAGAGUUUAAAGCUCCGUUGAAUGUGCUGCUGACCAAGUACCAAGAAGUUUUCGAGGGUGAAUUAGGCUGUUAUCGAUACGGCAAAGUUCACCUACCAUUGAAGGAUGGAGCUGUCCUCAAGUUUUUCAAGCCGCGCAGGGUACCGUUGGCUUUCAAGGAGAAGGUCGAAGACGAACUGGAUCGAUUGGAGAACAUCGGCAUUAUCUCCAAGGUGCCAUCAACCGAAGCAGAAUGGGGCACCCCCCUCGUCCCAGUUUUGAAGAAGGAUUCAUCGAUACGUUUGUGUGCAGAUUAUCGGCUGACCGUUAACCCGUGGUUGAAGGACGACCACCACCCUUUCCCGAUAAUUGACGACAUUUUCGCAGCGCUACAAGGUGGUAAGCAUUUUUCCAAGCUGGACCUGAAGAAUGCCUACAACCAACUGGAAGUGGAUGAAGAAGCAAGGCAUCUGUUGGCGUGGAGUACUCACCGUGGUGUGUACUACGUGAAUCGAUUGCCGUUUGGGACCAAAACGGCGUGUGCAGUGUUUCAAGCAACCCUAGAACGAGUCCUGCAAGGUUGUCGAGGAACGAUAAUUUACCUGGAUGACGUGCUGGUAACUGGACGAACAGUGAAAGAACAUUUAGAGAACCUGGAACAAGUGCUUAGUAAGUUGAAAGAAACAGGUUUUGUGCUUAAUAAGACCAAGUGCGAGUUUUUCAAAAGUGGUACCAAAGAUCCUGAAAAAGUGAAAUCAAUAAUCCAGUUGGGAGUUCCAAAAGACGUCAAGGAGGUUCGUGCCUUUGUGGGACUGGUCAACUAUUAUGCCAAGUUUUGUCCCAGUUUGGCACAACAUCUGACGCCUUUGUACCGGUUGCUGCAAGAAGAGGUGAAGUUCCGUUGGUCCAAGGAGUGCCAGGAGGCAUUCAAAGCGGCGAAGCAGCUUUUGGCGGAUGACACGGUCCUGGCCCAUUAUGACCGUAAUCUGCCGAUUAAACUCUACAGUGAUGCGUCGAAGGAAGGCAUUGGAGCAGUGAUCGUACACGUCUUCCCAGACGGCAAGGAGCGACCAGUUUCUUUUGCUUCCCGAGUUUUUAAGAAGCACGAGUCCAACUAUUCGGUCAUCGAUCGGGAGGCGCUGGCGAUUUACUACGGUGUCCAGAGAUUCAGCAGCUAUCUCUCUGGGCGUCGUUUCAUCCUGAUGACAGAUCACAAACCACUGAUCGGUCUGUUUUCGGAAAAAGGCAUACCGGAAACCGCAGCAGGGCGUUUGCAGAGAUGGGCAGUCUAUCUGUCCAACUUCGAUUUCGAGAUCCAACACAUCAAAGGUAACCAAGACGAGAAGGUCGACGAGGAAGAAGCCAUCAGUUUUCUCAACUUCAUCGAAGUCGAAACCCGCUCAUUGGUGGAGCGGAAGCAGAUCAUAAUCGAAAGCCGAAGGGACAAGGUCAUUAGUCGAGUCGUGGAGUAUCUGAAAUCGGGCUGGCCUCAAAACCUUGAGGACGGCGAAAUCAAGAAGCUGUUCCAGCGACGAGACGAACUAAGCGUGGAGGAAGGCGUCCUUCUCUGGGGUUUCCGCAUCGUCAUCCCGGCGAAGCUUCGGAAACCGUUGCUGAGUGAACUCCAUGUCGUACACAUGGGGAUCGUCAAGAUGAAGUCCCUAGCACCGUCAUAUUUCUGGUGGCCAUCAUUAGACAAGGAAAUCGAAGACAUCGGGAAGAAAUGCGAAUUUUGCGGCCGGAGAGGAGUGAUCCAAUUUCACCGUGGCGGCGCCGAUUUUCUAGUCCUGGUGGAUAGCUACAGUAAGUGGUUGGAAGUUUACCCCGUUCGAACGUUAACUUCCAAGGAGACAUCGGAAAAGUUGGCCGAAUAUAUUUCCCGAUUCGGUCUGAUCAGCACUUUGGUAUCGGAUAACGGCACUGCCUUUACAUCGGGAGAAUUCCAGGCAUUCUGUUCUUCCCGUGGCAUCAAGCACCUGACGACAGCACCGUAUAGCCCGUGUUCGAAUGGAGCAGCCGAGAACGCGGUCAAGACGGUCAAGGCGGCACUGAAGAAGCUGGCGAGUGAUCCCUCGUUUGCAAAGAAGCCAAUAAGUGUCCAACUACAUUCAUUCCUGGAGAUGUACCGAGCCACAACACACACGUCGACUGGGGAAAGUCCUUUCAAGCGAAUGUUUGGAAGGGAAAUGCGCAUCAGAUUCGACAACUUGAAGUCCAGGUCUACAAUCCGGCAGAAAGAAACUGUCGAAUACCAAAACCGAACCAAGAAGGAUGUCAGCUUUAACAUCAACGAAACGGUCUACGUCCGGGACUACCGCCAACCCAACAAGAAGUCCUGGAUUCGUGGUCGCAUCGUGGCUAGGCUAGGCUCUGUGCUCUACGAAUGCCACACUCAAGAGAUGGGAACUGUCAAACGUCGCAGCCACCAAAUAAUGAAGUACCCCUACGACGAUUUUGAUGGUAACGAAGCUGACGGAGCCACCCCUGGUCCUGAGCCGAUUGACGACUCAAUCUACGAAGAUCCAAUGGAGAGCCUACCGGAAGAAGAACCAUCAUCUGAAGCCUUUCCGGUUCCGUCAAGCGUUGGUCGUCAUCAACCGGAUGGUACCUAUGUUACGAGAUACAAUCGAGUGGUGAAACCGCCUCGGAACUAG